AAGAGGAAUUAAAGGACAUUACCGGUUAACAGAAAUACCAGCUUGCAGAGCUUCGUUGCAGACUUGCAGAGAUAUGAGACUGCUCACUCACAAUAUGCUUUCAUCCAACAUAAAGGGCGUGACGAAUGGCUUUCCCCUGCGUAUCGAAGUUGAGAAAGUAACUGAAAAGGAAGUCGAUUUCAAUCCCGAUUUCCUCAGACACAUGUUUCCCAAGAUCGAGUGGAAAGCUUUGGUCGACGCCGGCAGAACCAUGGGUUACAACGAGCUUCCUGAGGAGGUUGAGCUAUCGAUGCUUGAUUCUGAUGAGUUUCUUAGAAAAUUUCAUCACGCUCUUUUGGAGCUUCACCUAGAAGAAGGGGCUCUGGUUUGUCCUGAGACGGGUCGCAAGUUUCCUGUUAAUAAGGGAAUCCCUAAUAUGCUUCUCCUCGAAGAUGAGGUUUGAGAUGGUUGCGGUUUUAAUUCAAGUUUGGGUUUCGGGUUGUAAUGCAAUUAGCGAUUUUAUUUUCGAACUCUAGACUGCCUUCUUGAACAAAGAGUUUUAAAAUUGUUUUUGAAGGAUUUGCUGCUUAGUUUAGUUGAUUUUGGCAUUUGCUUCUGCUUUACAUUUAAAGCUACCAUAUGCAUGUUGAAACGUAUGUAAGGAGCCUGAAAAUCACUAAAAUGCAUAUAUUUCUUUGUUUCAA